CAAUCCAUUCAGUCGGCUAAAAUCAUGGCGUCCGGCAGCACGGGGAGCAGGGUAUCCUGUGGGAGAGAUUUGAACUGUGUCCCGGAGGUAGCCGACACUUUAGCUGCGGUCGCCAAACUCGGGUUUGACUUCCUGUGCAUGCCCCUGUUCCACUCGAGGCUGAGGAGAGAGUUUGAGUUGGAGCCCGCUAAAUCCCGAUCCGGCGCGCACACCCGGUCAGACCUGCUGCUGUGUGGAAGAGAUUGGAAUACUCUUAUUGUUGGGAAGCUCUCUCAAUGGAUCGACGUAGAUUCAGAAAUCGAGACAGAGCGCCGAAACUCGGAGGCUGCUCUGGCACAGGAGUUGAACUUCUCCGCCUACCUGGGUCUGCCCGUCUUCAUGAUCCCUCUAAAGGGCCCUAACUGUGCCAAUCUAGCCCGUCUGCUGCUAAACCACAUCCACACUGGACACCACACCUCAAAUUUCUGGGUACGUGUCCCGUUGAUGGCGUCUGAGGACACGCGGGAAGAUCUGAUCGAGAACGAGCCGGGCCCUUGCAUCGAUGACGCGAGUGUCGAUGAGAAGACCUGGAGCUGGUGGCACUCAUUUAGAACCCUUUGUGACUACAACAAGAGGAUCUGUCUCGCUAUUGAUGUCGGAGCAGACAUGCCGUCAGACGCGGUGAUUGAUAAGUGGCUCGGGGAGCCUAUCAAAGCAGCCAUACUUCCCACCAGCAUCUUCCUAACCAAUAAGAAGGGCUUCCCUGUUCUGUCCAAAGCCCAUCAGCAGAUAAUCUUCAGUCUUUUCAAGUUGGAGGCCCAGUUCGUCUUCACAGGCACCAGUCGCCACACUGAGAAGGACUUCCGGUCCUACCUGCAGUACCUGGAAUACCUCAACCAGAACCGGCCCUCACCCAAUUCCUACGAGCUCUUUGCCAAGGGCUACGAGGACUACCUGCAGUCUCCCCUCCAGCCACUCAUGGACAACCUGGAGUCUCAGACAUACGAAGUGUUUGAAAAGGAUCCUAUUAAAUAUUCACAGUACCAGCAGGCUGUGUAUAAAUGUCUACUUGACAGAGUUCCAGAGGAGCAGAAAGACACAAGCGUCCAGGUGUUGAUGGUGUUGGGAGCAGGUCGGGGUCCCCUGGUCAAUGCGUCCCUGCGCGCUGCCAGACAGGCAGACAGGAAGCUGAAGGUGUACGCUGUGGAGAAAAAUCCCAACGCUGUAAUCACGCUGGAGAACUGGCGCUUUGAGGAAUGGGGGGAUCAGGUGACAGUGGUGUCAUGUGACAUGCGUGACUGGGCGGCACCUGAGAAGGCCGACAUCAUCGUCAGCGAGCUGCUGGGAUCGUUUGGUGACAACGAACUUUCCCCCGAGUGCUUGGAUGGAGCGCAGAAAUUCCUCAAAGAUAACGGAGUGAGCAUCCCUUGUUCCUACACGUCCUUCCUUGCUCCCCUGUCCUCCUCCAAGCUCUACAACGAGGUACGGGGGUGCCGGGAGCGCGACAAGGACCCGGAGUGCCACUUUGAGACGCCCUACGUGGUGCGCCUACAUAACUUCCACCAGUUGGCUGAGCCCAAAGCAUGCUUCACCUUCAAACACCCCACAACAGAUAUGGACAAUAACCGGUAUCAGUGCCUCCGAUUCUCAGUGGGUUGUAACUCCGUGCUGCAUGGUUUCGCUGGCUACUUUGAGACCACGCUGUACAAAGAUGUCACUCUCAGUAUAAAACCAGCCACGCAUUCACCUGGAAUGUUCUCCUGGUUCCCCAUCCUCUUCCCCCUCAAACAACCCAUCGCCAUAUCCCGGGAUGAGGACAUCACGGUGCGGUUCUGGCGCUGCAACAAUGGGAAGAAGGUGUGGUAUGAAUGGGCCGUGACCGAGCCCUCCUGCUCCGCCAUCCACAAUCCGGCAGGACGCUCCUACACCAUCGGCCUGUGAUGACGACACAUCAGCACACACACAUGUUUCUGUAAGAGUUAAUGGCAGUUUAAGUGGAGGUGUCCCAGCUCUUUUUUUUUAUAUACACAGUUAAAACCUGGACUCGUGGUGCAAAACCGCUAAAAGUUCAGUCCGGGUUUUAAAGUUACCAGUGUUUGGAACGUUUGAGCGGACAAAUAUAAAAAAAGAGUUGAUUGGAUAAACAAGAUAUUUCCGCCUGUGUUUUUGAGAAGUCCGUUCAAGCGGGCACGGACUAUCACCUGUACACAGAUUGUAUUAUUGCUGUGAGAUGGGCUCAUUCAGAUUAGGUCAAACGCAUCGUCACUGGUUUAUUUUAAGUCCCCCGACAUCCACACUCAACUCAACAGAACCUUUUGCCUUAUCAAACACAAACACACAUUCCAUACCCUCCUCCUCAACACAAGGGGGUCAGAGGAAGGUCUUGCCAUUCAGGUCACAUACCAUAUUAUUUGGGGGGGGGGGGGGGGCUGUCUCUUAUUACCUUUAUUUUGUUUGUGUGUUUGAACCAUGUCAAUAAAAACAACUCUGUAAUGUU